GCCAAACGACAUAUCUGACUCACUCCAGCUGGGCGUUCAGUGUGCUUCAUCCGCUCCGGUCCCUUCAUUCAGUUUCUUCUUAGUUAGCGCGGACACCCCCGACAAUAAGCAGCCAUGGAUGCCAUCAAGAAAAAGAUGCAGAUGCUCAAGCUCGACAAGGAGAGCGCCCUGGACAGAGCUGAGCAGGCCGAGUCAGACAAGAAAGCAUCGGAGGACAGGAGCAAACAGCUUGAGGAUGAUCUGGUAGGUCUGCAGAAGAAGCUGAAGUCAACUGAAGAUGAGUUGGACAAGUACUCUGAAGCCCUGAAGGAUGCCCAGGAGAAACUGGAGGUCGCUGAGAAGAAAGCCACAGAUGCUGAGGGUGAUGUAGCCUCCCUGAACAGACGUAUUCAGCUGGUGGAGGAGGAGUUGGACCGCGCUCAGGAGCGUCUGUCCACAGCACUGACCAAGCUGGAGGAGGCUGAGAAGGCUGCUGAUGAGAGCGAGAGAGGCAUGAAGGUUAUUGAGAACAGGGCAAUGAAGGACGAGGAGAAGAUGGAGCUGCAGGAGAUCCAGCUGAAGGAGGCCAAACACAUUGCAGAGGAGGCUGACCGCAAAUACGAGGAGGUGGCCCGUAAGCUGGUGAUCAUUGAGAGUGACUUGGAACGUACAGAGGAGCGCGCUGAGCUCUCUGAGAGCAAAUGCUCUGAGCUUGAGGAGGAGCUGAAAACGGUGCAGAACAACCUGAAGUCUCUGGAGGCCCAGGCAGAGAAGUACUCGCAGAAGGAGGACAAGUACGAGGAGGAGAUCAAGGUUCUUACAGACAAGUUGAAGGAGGCUGAGACCCGUGCUGAGUUCGCUGAGAGAUCAGUCGCCAAACUUGAGAAGACCAUUGAUGACCUGGAGGAUAAACUCACACGUGCUAAAGAAGAAGGCCUGAACGUAAAGCAGAUGCUGGAUCAGACUCUAAUGGAGAUGGUAAACAUUUGACCCAGCUCUGUUCCUCUCCCCACAUUGCCUCAGCUGCUCUGAAUAUGACUGGCUUCCAUAUACGGCUGCUACAGAUACUGUUUGGCCUUGUGUUUAUAAGUGUCUCUGAACUUCUCAUCCUGAAGAAACCAGCUCUACACAAGGUAGCAUACUCCACUUCUGUGAGCUACAAUUAAACUACACUGUUUGCAAUACACACUGAAAUCAAAGGUCUGUUAUAAUUCAUUGCAUAGCUUUAAAGUUUACAUGUAUAUGUUGGUAGACUUUGCACUUUUUGGGGUGGAAAUGCACUGCACAUAAUCAUCAUCAACAAAGCCAUAAAUUAAGCCACGGUUAUAUAAAAGGAACUUUUAUUACUUCUGUAAAGUUGUUUGUCUUUGUUUCUCCUGUAUUGUAAACAUUCAUUCAGUGUCGGUGAUUACACUUCCAUUUAAGCAAGGAAGGAAUUCUUGGCAACGUUUUUUUUGAACAUACUGUUUGAUCAGUUAAAUAAAAAGAUUUCCACGCUGUACUCACUUUUCUGUUCAUGUUAAGAAAUUAUUUGUUUGAUUUUGUCCCUCCCAUUUUAU